GAACCACAUGUGCUCGGGGUUUUUUGGCUGCGUCGACGUGCGCAUGGAGUGUCGUGGAGCAAACGUGUGCGUUUCAUUCGGUGCCGUUUCGAAUUCGUGCCGGGGGUUGUGGUUGGACGUGUUGCUAGCGCACUGCUUAGAAUGCGAAGCGGUCUCCGGUGCUGUACGCCAUUCUGAUGCUUCCGUUGUAGACUAAUUCCUUUGGUUUUGUUUUUAUUUGUAUUAUUCUUUCUCGCUCCACUGUUUCGUUCCGGUUCGUUUAUGUUGUGCCGUUAAAACGUGUUAAUCGACACAUCCCGCGAGUGAUCCGCGCGGGGGCCGAGAUUUUCGGUAGUGAAAUAUUUGUUCGUGAGCAUUUUACGCGCAUAUCCCAUAUACGUUCAACGUCAGCAUCGGUCCGCAUAAAAACGCAGCCGAAACAGCACCGCGAAACAUCGGCAAAUCCCCCUUUUAUCCGGCACGUUUGCGUACUGGCCGGUGAUAGCGCAAGCGGCAAGAAUAGUUCUGAGUACACACGGCGUCAAUAUUAUUGCAUCAGCACGUACGGCAUUCCUUCUUUCCCCCGUUUGGCGUUCAUUACUAUUUGGGAAGAACGCCAAAUACACUGCCCGUACGCACAGCGGGUGCCGAUCCCAGUCGGGCAACCCAUCAUGUGGCUUCGUGCGCACAGCAUAAACCCGGUGCUUGUAGGUAGAAACAUUCGCAUCCCAUAAGUCGCACAACCUUCACGCGGUGCCUUGGAACUGCUAUGGUGCCUUCCUUCUGGCUAGUGUGCUGUUAGUGCCCGGUAGUGGUAACAGUGUGCGGUGGUGAAAGUGUUAUCUCUGCAGCAUAUCUCAAGCAUCGUUAUCAGUACGUGUAGUCGAACUCUAUCGAACGUUUGCGUGAACGUGUGCGAUCUCGGGUGUAAAACGAUCCCAACGCGUACACCAGGACGACGAUGGCGAAAGUCGGUGAUGUGGACAACCGGCCGGUCCAGCAGGGCUUCCGGCGUGAAAGCGACGAGGGUGUGGUGGCGGCCAAGGAUGGCCACAGUGACGGUGGUAUUGAGAUGAAGAAGGAGCUCGGGCUGAUGGAUGGUGUGGCGAUCAUAGUGGGUGUGAUUGUCGGUGCCGGUAUCUUCGUGUCGCCGAAGGGUGUACUGCUGUAUUCCGGCUCGAUCGGUGUGGCCAUCAUCGUGUGGAUAUUGUCCGGUGUGCUCAGUAUGGUCGGUGCACUAUGUUACGCGGAGCUGGGCACGAUGAUACCAAAGUCUGGCGGUGAUUAUGCGUACAUUGGCGAAGCGUUCGGACCGCUGCCCGCGUUUCUGUACCUCUGGGUGGCAUUGUUGAUACUCGUCCCAGCUGGAAAUGCCAUCACCGCGAUCACAUUCGCCCAGUAUCUGCUGCAGCCGCUGUGGCCCACCUGCGAACCACCGUACGAAUCCGUGCGCCUGCUAGCCGCUGUCAUAACCUGUCUGCUUACCGCCAUCAACUGUCGCAAUGUGAAAUGGGUCGCCAGAGUGACGGAGACGUUCACCGGGAUGAAGGUGUUGGCACUGCUGGUAAUUGCUGGUGCCGGUGCAUGGCAUCUGAUGAGCGGGAAUACGGAGCUGCUCGAGGCCCCGUUUGCCAAUUCGAAGAUUCAGCCAGGAUUCAUUGCGGUCGCAUUCUACAAUGGGCUGUUUUCGUACUCGGGAUGGAAUUACCUGAACUUUGUCACGGAAGAGCUAAAGGAUCCCUACCGAAAUUUACCCCGUGCCAUCUGUAUCAGCAUGCCGGUCGUCACGAUCAUCUAUGUCAUCACAAACAUUGCGUACUUUGCCGUCCUCCCACCAGACGAGAUGCUUUCAUCGCAAGCCGUUGCGGUUACGUUUGCGGAGAAAAUGCUAAGCUUCAUGGCGUGGACGAUGCCAUUGUUUGUGGCUUGCUCCACGUUUGGGUCGCUAAACGGUGCUAUCUUUGCCUCAUCGCGGCUCUUCUUUGUGGGUGCACGCAACGGACAUCUUCCGGCGGCACUUUCACUGAUCAACAUCAACUGCUUAACUCCGAUUCCUUCAUUGCUUUUCUUGUGUGCCCUCACGCUGUUACUGCUGUUCAUCAGGGAUGUGUUUGCGAUCAUUAACUACGUCAGCUAUGUGGAGAUCCUGUUUAUCUUCAUUUCGGUAGCAGGUCUGCUACGGUUACGGCAGAAAGCUCCUGAUGCUCACCGACCCAUAAAGGUCUCGCUGAUCGUACCGGUUGUGUUUCUGCUGACGGCUGGAUUUUUGGUCAUAUUCUCCGUGUUCGAGUCACCAAUGGAGGUGGGCAUCGGGACCGUUGUCAUCCUGUUGGGGAUUCCCGUGUACUACGUUACGAUUGGCAAGCCCUGGGGAUGGCUGACGAAGAAAUCCCAAUCGUUCAACCGGUUCUGCUCUAAACUGUUCCUAUGCAUGCCCAACAGCGAAAAGUUAGACUAACAACGUGUUACGAAGCGUACGUGACGGUGGAAUAUUUAAAAGCACAACUAUCGGUAGCGUAAAUCGAAACCCUAGGGAUAUAAGCGAUCAUCCUAGAUCAGGAGGGUACGUCGAAUGUAUCAAGCUCAAAUUAAUCUCAACAAACACUACUGCUCUUGUCGAUUACCCAUUGCUCACAUAUCAUCAGUACUGUGUAUAUAGACAAUACGACCAGGAAUAGUAAAUGCUGAACGAGAAAGAAUGCUGCUAACACGGAAACAGAACAACCCAAUUGCCUUCACACUACCGCCUAUUUCCACCGUGAUAGGUGCUAUCGACAACUCAUCGAUUUCAUAGGUGUCACAUUAAGCGUAUAAGAAGCGGCCUUGCUAAUGUCGUUUGGUAGUCAGAUCUCUAUCCAAUAGAUGUCCUUUCGAUUUACCUUCGGAACAUCUCGUUCUGUUUAUGCUUUAAAUUUAUAGUUAGCUCAACGGUGAAUCCAAAACAAAAAAACAAAAAGAA